GUGAUUGCAAUAUGAUCCCGAUUGCGAAGCCCGAGCUCAAGAUACUAGAUAAGAAUAAAUUACAUAUAUCGCGAAGGCCAGGAUGCAUCACGUGGCUGUUGCUCUGUCUGUCUGCGAUAAUCUUCAUCGGAAUAUUUAGCCGCUUGACAAGCAAUGUGUACCUACUGAUUAUCUUGCUUCUGGGCGAGAUCAUGUUCGGAUUGGAUAGUUUUGGAGAAUGGGAGGACCUGAUUUUGUACAAGGACGAAAACAAAGCCGUUGUCGAGAAAUCCGUUUGGAGCGAUAAACUGUGCUCGGGUAGCUCGGGUCAACUCUCUUUCAUGAAACUUACCGACAUCCGGCACAUUGGAGUCUCUACCAAGAUGGGUCUCUUUAUUCUGCACAGAAACGGGAAGAUAAUCACUCUCAGUAUGAAAGGCUUAACGAGAAAGGAGAUACAAGAUUUGAGAAAAGAAAUCAACCAUUUUUUAAACAUGAGCCGGCUCAAACAUCUCGAUCAUUCUCUAGUCGAUCCUUCAAAUCGAUUAUUACUUCCUUCCGGUUCCGAGGAAUACUUACAAAACUUGUCAAGAACAUGUCUACCUGUGUCCAAUGAGUUUACUGUCUCGGACAAUGUUUUGGGAAGUACAUUGGGCAGAACGUGUUACCAGGUGCAGCAGAAUUUGAGCUACCCAAGUUUAAUGCAUGGAACGCAACUUAACAGCUAUCAAUUGUCAAACUUAAAAAAAAGUCCUUAUACGGAAAACUCGACGCGUUUCAAUUAUGUCAAGUAUAUUAGAAACAUUUGCACCAUUCCCUCACCUCGCAAUUUGUACAAGUUCCAUAAAGAAUGUAAUUAAUCAAGUAUCAUUCGUUUACGUUGUACAUGUUCUUGAGAGAUUACUCACAUUGUAUCUCAUUCGUGAUUCAAGACAAACUUGUGCGUAACAAAGCAAGAUUUUAUUCAUU